AAAUCCAACAAAGAGUAAUAACAACCACAAACAAGAAUGUCUAUCCACGUGGCAUUAUCUAAACCAAUCAAGUAAGCCAACAUUCCCAUGCCACGUGUCAAAUUCCCAUUUAAUCUCACAGAUUUCCUCAGAUGAGAUUCCUCUUUCCUUUCCACCAUUAUAAUACCUUCACUCACUCACUCACCUUAUCCUUAGCUUAAUCCGCCAUAACCAAAACCCUCUCUGAACCUCAAUCUCUCCCCCUAACAUGGCGGCAGAGAUGGCUUUGGUAAAACCCAUCUCCAAAUUCAACAAUGUAACCCCAAAAUUCCUCAUUCCAAGGAGCUUUACCAAACCCAGAUUCACCUCUGUUAGAAUGUCUGCAACUACUUCUUCUUCUUCAUCUUCUUCGAAGAAGGGUUCUAAGAAGAAUAUCAAUGAGACCCUUUUGACGCCGAGGUUUUACACUACAGAUUUCGAUGAAAUGGAGACCCUUUUCAACACUGAGAUUAACAAACAGUUGAACCAGGAUGAAUUCGUUGCUCUGCUUCAGGAAUUCAAGACUGAUUAUAAUCAGACCCAUUUCGUUAGGAAUAAAGAGUUUAAGGAAGCUGCUGAUAAAAUGGAAGGUCCUCUUAGACAAAUCUUUGUUGAGUUCUUGGAAAGGUCUUGUACUGCUGAAUUCUCUGGUUUUCUUCUUUACAAAGAAUUGGGAAGAAGAUUAAAGAAAACCAACCCUGUUGUGGCUGAGAUUUUCUCUCUUAUGUCCAGAGAUGAAGCAAGACAUGCUGGGUUUCUGAACAAGGGUUUGUCUGAUUUCAAUUUGGCUUUGGACUUGGGAUUCUUGACAAAGGCAAGAAAGUACACAUUCUUUAAGCCAAAGUUCAUAUUCUACGCUACCUAUUUGUCUGAGAAGAUUGGAUAUUGGAGAUACAUUACCAUAUACAGACAUCUUAAGGAGAAUCCUGAAUACCAAUGCUAUCCAAUUUUCAAGUACUUUGAGAACUGGUGCCAAGAUGAGAACCGUCAUGGCGAUUUCUUUUCAGCACUCAUGAAAGCGCAGCCUCAGUUCCUCAAUGACUGGAAGGCGAAGCUGUGGUCUCGAUUCUUUUGCUUAUCGGUUUAUGUGACAAUGUAUCUGAAUGAUUGCCAAAGAACAGCUUUCUAUGAAGGCAUUGGACUCAACACGAAAGAAUUCGAUAUGCAUGUCAUCAUUGAGACCAACCGAACAACAGCACGAAUUUUCCCAGCUGUUCUAGAUGUUGAGAACCCGGAAUUCAAGAGGAAAUUAGAUAGAAUGGUGGUGAUUAAUGACAAGCUUCAAGCUGUUGGACAGAGUGAUGAUAUUCCCUUAGUGAAGAACUUGAAGAGGAUCCCACUUGUUGCUGCAUUAGCCUCAGAAAUCUUAGCUGCUUAUCUAAUGCCUCCUAUCGAAUCAGGAUCCGUUGAUUUAGCAGAUUUCGAACCCGGUUUAGUGUACUGAUUUUUUGUUUGUUCCUUUUUCUUCUCAUAUCCAUGGCUGCUACUGUAUGAUAUAGAGUGGAACAUGUUGUGUAGAGGGUCUCUUACAUUAAUCUUGUAAUAAUACAACAUAUUCAUGGGACUUAAUUUGCCUUAUUUUAAGAUUAAAUUGCAGUAA